AUGUUUGGGAAAAAACUGAAUAAGUUGCUGAAAAAGAAAGAUCCUGUUUUUGAUCGAGUCAUAUGGGACCCACCACACUCAGUUCAUCUUGCAGCAGAUGAUCUUCUUUCUGGAAAAAGUGGAAAUUCGUCUGAAUUUUUUUCACGCUUGGUAUCACGAAGUUCAAGGAUUCAUCAGAUAUUUAAUCGUGGUAAAAUGUUUGCCUUAGCAAAAAGCCAAGCGGUCCAGUCAAAAUGUAAGCGACUCCUUGUAACCAGCAGGACUUGCUCCACACGAUUUUUUACAUCUCAAUACAAUGAGUUUGAGAAGUUGAUGACCUCAUUGCCUGUGUACAUCGAGACGUUUAGAGAAAACAAGUAUAACCAAGUCAAGGAGUAUGAAAUAGCUGGUAAAGACUUUGUUAUUGACAUGUGUGGCGUGUUAGACAUAAUGCGACCAGCAAUUGAGAUGCUUAUUAGAUUGCAAGAUUUACAAGUCCCAAUUUGGAAAAUAUGUGUGUGGUCUCCGAAGGUCAUAAGUGAGUUAAGCAACGUAGCGGCGUUAAGUUUGACCAAACCCGCCAAGCAAUUUGGCCAUCUUGAUGGCUGCAUGGAAGACAUCCGCAAAGGAAGAUACAAGGGGGUUAAAUUGGUUCCAGGCUGGCUGCUUGUUGGAACAGGAAAAGAUGAAAACCAAGAAACUGUAUACAAGUGGAUGGUUAGAGACCAGAAAGAUUGCGAAAAAGACCUCAAACAAUUGGCUUUGGAUCUGACAGAAUGUCUCGAAUCACGAUAUGAACGAAGUGUUACACAGAUGCAAGAGUAUUUGACAUCGUUAGAUCUCGACUGCCUUGUAGAGCAUUUAUGCGGAGAAAGGUAGUUGUUAAUAAUAUCAGUGAUCCUUACAUAGUUAUUUACUUUGAAACGUGUUCUGCCGUUUCCUCAUUACCAGUUUACCGCUCGCCAUCAAUUGUAAUCACUUACCAAUUGUAUUUUCUGUUUCAAUAGGUCAGCCACAGGGAAUGUCAAAAUUGACGAAGCCAAGUUAGAAGAAUAUGGAAUGGAAAAAUUUUCCAAUUUCUUUGCUCAUGUUUGUAAAAUGCCUCAUGUGCAGCGUCUGUCAGAGGAUGGCCUGAUUUUCAAUCCGAAACUAAGUCAUGUCGUGCAUCGCCGUUUGAAAACUGCACUUAAGGAUAUUAUAUGGCUGCAACAAUUUCAAGAUGUAAUGAGCCGAUGGUUUUCAGUUGUAAAUGCUGCUACUGGAAAAAUUACUGGUUCUCUGGAUUCUGAAAAAUUGGGCGUUUUAACCAGCAUGACUACUGUUGACAAAAUCUUCCCGCCAAGUACAUAUCAUCUUUGCAAUUUGUAUGAGAUGAAAUUUGAAAGUAAGACAGUCAUUACAAUCCUUGACGAGGCUAUGGUGUACAACUCUUUGUAUACAAAUAGUGAGGUAUACAACCUGAUAGGAAAGGAAAUGUGCAUUGUCACUGAUAUUGCAUUGGCAAAGGGUGGAACGGAGGCCAUAGUGGAGAGUUUCUACUCAAGCAUGGCUUCACAAGCAAUGCAGGGAGGACAGUCAAAUGAAGCGCUUGCACUCAG